CUCUCAUACUUCGUCACUCCCAUCUUCUAAUCAACUGCCAUGGCUCUGCUGGAACAGGUUCUAAACGGAACGGCGCCCGCAAAUCUUGUUGUUUUGCGCCACUCCCUCGCGUCUCCACCAUGGCCGCUCGUGCGCGCAAUGCUCUCCCAAUCCAAAGGCCCCGUCCUGGCCAUUACCCUCCUCUCACCCUCCCUUCUUGGUUCUAUCCCGGGAAGGGUUGUUGAUCUGUCGAGCGCUGUACCGGGAUACAGCGAAAGGGAUGUCGAAGCGGAGAUCAUGCAGGCUAUCGCCGAGCUCGCACCCGGAACACAGGUCCUUCUCGAUGCUCCCGACGUCCUUGUUGAGGACCACCCUCGCGCCUGGCGCACUCUGCGCGCGCUGAUCGCCGCCACCUCGAAGCCCGGAUCACGCCUGAUCCUUCCCCUCCCCCCCUCCUCCCUCCUCGACGACGUCAUCUCCGCCUCCUUCUCCCCCUCUCUAGCGCUACUCACACCACUGCCCGUCCGCAUUGUCCAAUCCACGAUCGAAGCAUAUCUCCUCACAUCACCCGAUCCCCUCCCACCCCUCCUCGACUCGGCGCUCUCGCGCGGCGCGGCAGACCUUCCUGUUCUGCGGGACAUGGACCCGCCUUCCCCCGACAGCGUAGUCUGCGUGCUCCUCCGCAAAGCGGCUGGAGGUGCGAAGGGCAUCCAGCGCUCUAUCGAGAGGUUCCGGAGCCGCGUCGUCCCCCUCGGCUCCAUGGUCGACUUCAAGCCGGCAUCCGUCGCAAAGGUCACAACCCACGCCGACCUCAACCUCCCCUUCAACCUCAGCCUCACGGAGAGCCAGCGCGAAGCGCGAGGCGCGGUUCCCCUCCCGUAUGCGCAUGAAGGCGAGGGCGCAGAUUUAGGUAUGGGGAUGGACUGGUCGGACGAUGAGGAGGACGAGGAGAUCUAGGCCCUACAAGGCAGCUGGGGAAGGACACUAUAGAUGCAUUUUGGUGAUCAUCCUGG